CGCCCGCCUUACGGCGCCCUGAGCUGGAUCCCAAGGCUUGAGGUGUGCCUGUCUUCCAUUAACGUGAAGUGAUAGUGUCACUAACAGAUAAUGUCCCCGUGCUGGCCCACGCACGAGGUGUUCGGCUUGCAAUGUGCGGCAGUCACACGUCUGGAUGUCGCUACACGUGUUAGCAGCCUUUCACCACAUUCCUGCGUCACCGGUCACAUGUCACGAAGCAGCCGUGUUCAACACGUGUGACUGACAUGCAUCACUUCGGUGGCGGCCUCCGUCACUGCUUGGAAAGCUCGCUGUCACAAGUCAGAACCACACGCUGGACGAUGCCCGCUGCAGUAACUCUGAAACUCAGAGUGUUCGUCAAGGACUCAAUCGGCAGCAAGAUGGAAGCGGAAGUAACCUCGGACAGUCAGGUCGAGGUAGCCAACCACACUCCGUAUGAAGAUCAAAUGGUCACCGACUCCGCCUUACCCUCGACGUCUGACGGCAUGAUCACACUCGAACAGCUCAGCACGAUGAGCUUCGACGAGCGCCAGGACAAGUACUGGGAAUGUUUCCACGAGCUGGAUGCUGUACCGAUCGAGAAGCUUGCGAUACCCGACUUGUGCCACGAGUACCCUCCCUUUGGCGACGAGAUCUUCGCUGCUUACCUUCGCUAUACCACUUUCAGCUGCAAGACAUGGGUCAACUACGAUGCCACGGCCUGCAUGUUUUACGUGGAUGAACAACGUCUUAAAACUUGCGGCAAACUGAGAAUUUCCGCUAUCGCCAUGCAGCACUUGCUCGAAACGAACCUGGACAGGGCGCCUUUGCCCACCGUCCGUUUCGAUGUCGGCACGCCAUUCCGUAGUCUCGCCUACCUCACGCUUGAGGUUCGCAUGACCCCGAACGGGCCAGCAAUCGACCCUUACGUCCACAUUCUUACCGGCAACAACAAUGGCAAGCAUGAUGCUUUCUUUCAGCACCUUGACACCAAGACGAAGCAAUUGCAGGAAGGCAAGUUCAACGCCCUUGAUGGCAAGGAAGGAUUCGUACUUGCGGACCUUCAGCGUCUAGUUGCCUGGCUAGUGGCCAAGCCAGAUAAGGGGGAGAGAGACGCUCGAGAUAGACAUUGCAAGGGUUGGGGCGCCUUUCAAGGAUCAUUGGCAGUGGAGCCGAGAUGGAAUGGCUGGAGAUGGGUCGACUUUGGCGGUAACCGUGGCUUCCAGGCGCAUCUAAGUGACACAAAGCCCAAGAGGCUCACGCUCUCCUAGAAUGACGGCAGGGGGUCACUUUGGCUACGCGAGCUUCGGCUUGAGGGGCGAUGUGUAGCUCGCGCAGUGGCCGCGACGAUGAGGCGAUGGCGAUGGGUCACCGGAAUGCAAGCCAUCCAGACGGACAGGUAGGCGCUUCGAGCGCAGCGCGGCCGCUUGGAAAAACGUUGGUCUUCAUGCGCAGUGUUGGCGCGGGUAGGAUCGCACGCAGCGCAUGUGUUUACGUUGAUAAGCCUUUCAGGCAUAAGCUACGCUUCUUUGGGUCGUAACAUGUCGUUGCUUAUGAUGUUGAAAGCACGGCUUGAAUAUCUUGCCCCGCUUCCAGCUUUCUGUCUUGAAGGAAGGUUUGUAUAUAUUAUUUGGCAAC